AAACCAGGAUUAUUGGAGAGAAAAUGCCUAUAUACCCGUACUCAAGGACAUGAUUGAAGUGAAAUCGGAAAGAAUUUUGCAAUUAACCGAUCCAAGCCUAAGGACAUCGGGCAUACCGGCAUGCGAGAAGCGCAGAGUUCGCAAUGAUAAAUAUUUCGAUAAUUACGAUUGGCCCUGUAUACCGCGUUUAAAGCCGUCAAUCUAUGCGGAUAAGACAUUCGAUUUGCCAGAUUACAAUACUUUUUGUGAAGAAAAUAUGAUUGAUUGGUCUGUUAACGGUCAAAUAGCGGUAUUGUUCGGUCAUGAUGUCAUGAUUUGGAAGAGUAAAGAGGAUAUUACUAUGGUGUUUAACGUUCGUUAUCCGAGUGCGUUGGCGUACAGUCCAAACGGUGAAUAUCUGGCGAUUAGUUGCAAAACAGGUGAACAUCCAGUUGUCGAACUUUGGGACGUUCAAUCUCCAAGUUUCUCGGUACAAAGUGGUCAAAUAUUUGAGCAAAAAUAUAAUCAUAUUCUUGCGCUCGCUUGGGAUAGGCCCGGGACGCACCUGGUGUGCGGCAGUCAUUUUGGAACAAUAUUUGUACUAUCUGCGCCAAAUAUGAAUAUAAUAAUGAAAUUUCAUAAGCAUUAUUUACCGAUUACAAUAAUACGCUUCUCGCCAAAUAGACGGUAUAUGGCAAGCGGAGAUGAAGAAGGCAACCUAGUCGUUUACAAUUGGGGCUCAUGCAGUGUACAUCUCUACAUAUAUUCAAGACGCGGGCUCCGUGUGGUUUUCGACUGGCAUCCAUGGACAGACUCCGACUUGGUGAUAUCCGAAAAGGUUCCAGCUUCCAUUAUUUUACUUCAUGUGCCCAGCAAGAAAAUUGUAGGAUAUUAUCAGCAAGCGGACAGAAGGACUAUUAUUAAUUCAAUUUCAUUCAGUAAACUUACCGGAGAGUUAUUAGUCAGCAUUUCAAACCGAAUUGGUAAUGUAAACUACAAUCAUAAAAUUCUUGUCAUGGCUUCCCUGGAUCGCGUUGUUGAUGUAAUCGCUUUUGCUCACGGUAAUGCAAGAUUUUUGGUUUGGAGUCCCGAUGGAACUCAUGUGGCGACAUCGGGCAACGAGGAUGAAACGCUUACAAUGUGGAAUUUUUGCGCGAGAAAUCGAAAGCGAUUUCCUCAAAAUGCACCUUACACUCCCAAUUUCCAUUUGAGUGAGUGCAACUUUGGAAGUCAAUUUAAGAAAUGGAACAAUGUUAAGUAACUGUGAUCUGUUUGUUGUCUUAAUUUAUAUUUAUAUAUGUUUGUAAUUUAUUUUCAUUAUGUUUCAUUAAAGAGUUAACUUAA